UUCUUUUUAUAUGAUGAACUGUUAUCAAAGUAUGGUAGAAAACAUUUAAGAAGAAAAGUUACAAAUAAAGCUAACAUAAAGUAACUCUUUAUUGCGGUUUGAUAACUGAUCAAAAGUGAGGACAUUUCGGGCAAUUUAUGCUUUUUAAAUAUUUAAAUAAAAGCGAGGAUCGGCUAAUAUUCAUACAUACAUACAUACAUGCUAGGACAUUAUAUAAAAGUGCAUUCGAUACGAUAUGGUUGGGAUAUAUAUGAUAGUAUGGUAUUGUAAAUACCUGCGUUAGAAAGGCCAGUGAUUAAGUCUGAACUAUAUGUUGGACGUUCUACUGAUGCCACAGAACUGGCUGUUUCCAAUGCGAUAUACAUGACAAUAAAAAUCAAUACAGACACUUAUAUACAUGGUUUAAAUUAUAUAAAACUGUUGACGCUAUACAAAUAUUAAGGAAUAUUAAAAUUAACUGCAACUAUGAAAUGUAUGAAAAUAAUGUACAUACUUUUGGCAAUAGUCCCGUGUAGCUUAUUAAAGGUUUUGAGCUAUGCUGAAGUUUGUACGUUACUCUAUUCUGAAGAUGAACAGAAAGAAGGGAAUAUAAAAAAUCCUCUGGACAGAUAUGUCAAUUUCCAAAUUUUUGAAAAAGAAGAAUGCUCGGUAAACACGACAUCUAUUUACGUAGUUUUAUCAUCAACAAAUGAACAAGACGAAAAUAACAUUGGGACAAUCAACCCAUCUGAUCUGACGAUUGCUGUAAAAUUUGUGUGUCCUUAUCAAUCUCAAAUUCAUUUCAUGCCCUUCAACUCUAGUUUAAGGAUCGUCACACAAAAGUGGAAUAUAGUAUUAAUUCUGUAUAAAUGUUCAGUUGCUGUUGAGGAGGUUAAUGUUUUUCUAACAUUUGGAAGAAUCGUCAUGUUACAAGUAUUCGAAAAUCCGAAGAUUUUUGAGAUGGACACUAACUGCAUGUACGCGUCCGAUCUUCAAAUGCUUCUGAUUCAAAAUUCAUGUGAAGAAGAGAAAACCAAUUUUAGCAAAAUGUUAUUUUGGUAUUCUUGCAAACAAACAUUUUCCAGGACAGUUAUACUUUCUCUAAAAAUUUGCUUGGAUAUAAAUUCUACUGCACUUCAAGAACGGUUCCCAAAUUUAUAUACCCUAGUUCUAUGUAACGUAAACAUACACGGCGCUUUGCACUUUCCAUUCAAUAGGAAUCAUACCAAGGGCAAAACGAAAGAUAGAGCAAUAAUGGAUGUGAUGAAAUUGUUUUUUUACUUUAUGCAGAAAUCAUAUCCAUAUUAUUACUUGUUUUCAGAAACGUCUCUUGUUUUACUUAAUUGCCAAAUCAAUCAAAGUUUGCUAUAUUUAAGUGGAAGUGGCGAUGAAAUACGAAUAUCCGAGAUGGCUAUUGACUCUAUGAAACCUGUUCUAUUCUACGAAAUAGUUGUUGUAUGAAAUUGCUAACGGGACAGGCCAGAUGCAGUUAGCCAGGCUCUCUUUGAACACUUUUCAGUGCGAGCAUCCAUCAGAAUUACGGGGCCGAUUUAUGUGGAAUAUCACAGAGAGAGAUAAGUAUUGCGCGGUAACUAUGACAGAGUGUCCACAGAAAUGUGACUGCUUUAAAAGAAAAUCUAUAGACACGAUCAUAGUUGACUGCAGAGGUCGUUCUCUGGUGGAAAUGCCCCAAAUAUUACCACCGUAUACAUUAGAGUUGUGGUUUGAGAACUCAAAUAUUUCAAAAGUCAGUUCAUUCUCAUAUUUAGAAAACGUAACAAUUUUAAAUCUAGCAAAUAAUCAUAUAAAACAAAUCUCUGCAUCAGUUAUUAACAAAUUGAGCAUCGUUCGGAUCGUCUAUCUGCACUCAAAUAACCUGACCUAUCUUCCAAUUCAAAUACAAUCACUACAGUUGACAAAACUGACAUUGUCAAACAAUCCAUUUGUUUGCGAUUGCACAAUGAGAUGGAUGAAGACAUGGCUACUAAAUGAUGAAGACCUUAUAGCUGACUGGAUAAAAGUUCAGUGUUUGGAAAAGUCUAAUAACAUCAGGCAGUUCAUCGCUGUCUCUGAUUCACACUUCGUGUGUACAACGACAAAUAAUUUCAGUGUGGGUGAACACGUCUUUCUACCAUCAAUUAUAAUUGGUUCUGUGGUAUUCGUGCUUCUAGUGCUUUCAUUGAUAAUUUACAUUUUCAGGUUUAAUGUUAAAGUUUUAUUGUUUGUUUUCUUUAAUAUACAUCCUUUUGACAAGAAACAACAGAAAGAAGAAACCAGCUUUUAUGAUACUGUAGUCAUUUACGUUCAGGAAGACAAAGAGUUCGUAGAAGUGAUGAUUAAUCAUUUAAGGAAAAGAGGAUACGAAAUUGGCGAUCUAUACAUGCAUUCUUUUAUAGGAUACACAUGGAUAGAAAACAUAAAAAAAAUGAUAGCUAGUUCAAAAAGUGUAAUCUUGUGCAUGCCAGUAGAUUCAAUAAAUGAUAAAAUUAUCCAAGCAUCAUGGAAUAUAGCGUAUGAUAAAUGCAUGACCUCAUCAAUAAACUCUUUAAUUUUGGUUACAGACAAGACUAUUCAGAAACAAAAACACCUAGAUGGAAGUCUUAGGCUUUUUAUAAGAAGCAAUAACUGUGUAGAUAGGCAUGCGAAGCUACUUUUGGAAAAAAUUGAUUACCUGGUCGCCAGUCUUACACUAAACAAUGGUAACGCCGAAGCGAACACUAAAGAACAGUGCAUUGAUAUAGACUCGAAGCGUAUUCUUGUUUCUUAUCCAGAUGAACUUCAUUUGUAUGUUAAGAAUAAGCUGAUGUCCUUCCUCUCUGAGAGGAAUCUAACCAUGAAAGUGUUAGACAUGCUUUUUACGGUAGGAACUGACAAAAGAGAAGAACUUCCUGACAUCCUUGAUGCUGCUGACUUUGUCAUAUACAUUGUCAAUGACGGACUAUUAAAUGAUGAAAUCUCACUCUACAUAUUGACUGAAAUUCUUACAAAAUCUCAGCUUGAGAAUUACAACUACUUACUCUUGUGCACAUCAGGUCAAGUAUGCAUCGAGAACAUGCCAAAGGAUUUGUCAAAAUAUGUUGAAAACUAUGUCACCAUAAGCACAAAUGACAUCAAAUUUGAAGAUCGUAUCUUAGAAUCAAUAACUCAAAUAAAACAAAGGAAAGAAAAACGAGAAAUAUACGAUGCUGAAAUGAUUCCAUUACUGUAAAUGUCUUUUAUAUCAUUACACUUUUUCACAGACCAAUUCGAACUGAUUUACUUUCAAUAAUUUGUAUAUUUGAUACUACUGAAUUAAUCAAAAUACAUCUGACCAUGUAAGUGCGCUUUAGACUUUUAGACGAAAAUUGUUUUCUCUCGAAAAUCCAUAAAAAGUGCGUAUUGUAAAAAUGACAUAUGAUAUAAACUUAUUGACAUGUCUUAGCUAAAAAAUAAAUAAAAUAUUAGGCAGGAGGGAAUAAACCGUUGCAAUGCUUUUGAAACAACAAAGAAAAGCAACCUUCUUGCCUUUGUUCCAAUAUCUAACACUUAUUUUCGCUCACUUCUUCAUUUGUUCUCUGUCAUAUAUAUACCAUAUAUAUAUUUAUGCCAAACGUAUUGGAAAUGCAAAUGUUGAAACAUUUGAUCCAACUGUGGGUUAGUACCUUUAAGUUUCAGCAAAGUUUUUUUAUAAGGACUAUGGUCAAGAACGUAUUGAACUAGCUAAUGUUUGCAAUAAUUGCUUUAAAUUUCGAUUUAUGAUUUCUGUAUUGUGUGUGUGUGUUUGUGCGUGUGUGUGUGUGUGUUGUGUUUUUUUCACUUGAACCUUUGUAAGAGUAUAUUAAUUUUAAAGCAUAACUUUGCUUUUCGAUAACAAAUAAUGUUAUAUAUUUACCUAUUUCCAUGUUGUAAGGGCAACUUUAGUUCAUUUAAUUAUUUAAAGUAGAUUUUAUUCGUACUAUGUUAAGAAAUUAUUUAUUUUCAGCAAUAAUUCAAAUCUUGUUAAUAGUUUAUACAUAAUUUUUAUUGUGAUAUUUACAGUUGGUCAUCUUUCGCUGAUGGCAAAGAUCACUCAUGGCAGAUAAAAUCUAUGUUGUAUUGAUUUGCGCAUUUCAGUUCAGCUUGUGUGUUUGUAUAUUCACAUAUAUUAUUAAAUUUUCAAAUCAG